UUAACAUCUUCCCUCUAUUCCCAACACAUAAUUCAAAACAUUUCUCAAACACAAUUAGCAGGAGGGAUGGAGGUGUACUCUACUUGCAAAAGCUUGAAGUUUCCCCUUUUGGCAAUUGUGUUAUUCAUUUCGCUAACUUCGCCUGCAGCAACAGCUGCCAGAGUCUCUCGGCCAACCUACACAAACUUCGUCAAAACCAAAUGCAACAUCACCACAUACCCUUCACUCUGCCAGAAAACACUAAUUCCCUACGCUUCUUCAGUGAAAAUCAAUUCCACAAGGCUAUGCAAAGCAGCCCUUAACGUAGCCAUUAGUGGCGCUCGCAGCGCCACUGUAGCUGUCUCGGAACUGAAAAAGAAGAAGGGUAUAACCAAAAUUGAAGCCGCCGCUAUCAAAGACUGUUUUGAAGAUGUCAAGGAUGCAGUGUACGAACUCAAACUGGCUGUUGACGCAAUGGGACAUUUGAGUGAUAAAGAUAAAGAAUUUCAGUUGGCUAAUGCCAAGACAUAUGCAAGUGCUGUAAUAACAGACGCAGAUUCAUGCACCGAAGGUUUCUCCGGUCGAAAGGUAAAUCCAGCUGUGAAGAAAAUAGUAAAUAGUUGCAUGGCAAAUAUUACCAAACUUGCUAGCAAUGCGUUAGCGCUCAUUAACCAUCUCUAUUAAAAGUUUAUGUAAUUGGAUCCGUGGCAGGAUUCAGCUCUGAUUUCUUGGAAUUAAUGCACAUGAGUUUCUUCUUAUUAUAUUCUGGAUUUGGAAUACCAUUUUAAAUAUAGUUAAUCCAUUUUCUUGAUGCA